AUAUGGAGCACUCUAUACCCUUUAGAAUUUCAACUUCAAUUGCCUCUUCUCAUCUUUCUUUUUAGAACCGUUUCAAAGCUCUCCUCUUUUCUUCCAAGCACCCUCCCAAAAAAAAAAAACACAAAACACACAUAAAACAAGGACCAAAGAUUCUAAUUAGUUGUUAUUACGAGUUCUUCUUCUUUUUUUCUUUUUUCCUGAGUGAACUUAUUACAACCUAAUUAAGUUUGAGCUAAUUCUUUCCAACUUAUAAACCAACAGAUGGGGUCGUUGGUGGGGCAUGUGACACCAGGGUUAGGUUUCCUUGUCAUAGGCCUAUGGCACCUCUUCAACCACAUCAAGCUCCACUCGCAGGGCCCGAAGUCGAACUCAUCGCUGCUCUGGUUCCCGGCCCCAAAGAUCAGGUACUUAGAGUUGUACCUGAUUAUGCUUGGAUGUUCCCUGUCCAUCGCGAUGGAGCUCUUCAUAGGCCCGGUAAGGCACCAGCCCCUAGACCCCGACGGCACCAUCCCAUCCAACCACCUCCACAACUUUGAGCACUCCCUCAUCUCCUUUUCCAUCUUCUCCUAUGCAGCUUUCGCCAUCCUCUUUGAUCGGGCAACAGGGUCGAUGAAAGCCCAUUCCGGGGCAUUCUUCGGUCUGACCCAUCUACUUGGGGCCGUUGCCUUUGGCCAAGAGCUCCUCCUAUUCCACUUCCACUCGACCGACCACAAGGGCUUGGAGGGACAAUACCACUUGUUACUCCAAAUUGUGGUCCUGGUCUCCCUCACUUCAACCUUGAUAGGGAUUGCUCUCCCGAGGAGCUUCCUUGUCAUCUUUGUAAGGUCAGUCAGCAUUUUUUCUCAAGGGGUUUGGGAAAUCGUCAUGGGAUUCAUGCUAUGGACCCCGCAGCUUAUCCCUAAGGGCUGCUUCAUGAACCUAGAGGAGGCUCACUUCGUGGUCCGGUGCAACAGCGACGAAGCCCUCCACAGGGCCAAGUCGCUCGCGAACAUAUUGUUCAGCUGGUUCCUGAUCAGUGUUACGAUCUUCUCGGUAUGCCUCUACCUUGUCCUCACAAAGAUAUAUGAAGAUAAAGUCCAGUGUCACCCUCUCCACAUAGACACAGGUGAUGCGGACUUGAAGAAGUCGAGCAAGAUUCUUAACCACGACGAGGCAGAGGACUUUUUGCCGUGAACUAUUGUCAGUGAUUAGCUUAUUCGUCGCAAUAGUACAUCCCUUGUCCACAUGUGUAUAUUGGUUUGUCGCAAGUGGUUGAAUUUAAGCGAUGGACGGUGAAGCUUCUUAUUGUGUUGUUUUGUAACAUAAUAAUUACAAUAGCCAUGAAAUGUUCACUUUCAUGGAAGAAACUGGUGUAGUUGUCACAAAAUAGUUUGUAAUAAUGAUACCAUAUAGCACUCACAAAAUCCCGUGUUGCUUCACGAACUAUUAACACAAAUAUUUUUUGUGAUCGA